AUGGAGCUGGAAGCGCUACGCUCCAUCUACGAGGGAGAUGUGUGCUUCAGGGAGCUGAGCCCGGUGUCCUUCCAGUACAGGAUAGGUGAAAGUGGAGAUCCCAAAGCUUUUCUAAUAGAAGUUUCUUGGCCAGAAACGUACCCGCAAACAGCACCAGUCAUAUCAAUGGAUGCUUUCUUCAACAACACAAUAUCUUCAGCUAUUAAACAGAGUAUAUUGGAGAAGUUGAUGGUAGAAGUUGAAGCGAAUCUUGGGACUGCUAUGACAUACACACUUUUUGAAUAUGCCAAAGAUAAUAAAGAGGUGUUCAUGGAAAAUCAGCCUGUUAACACUGUGACUUCAGUAAGCAAUAGUAUUGCAAUUGGAACUCCUGAUAUGCCAGCAAGUAAGAAAAAAGAUAAAAAGGAGCAUUUAUCCAAAACGCAGAAACGAAAACUAGCUGAUAAAACAGAUAACAAAGGAGAGCUUCCACGAGGAUGGAACUGGGUGGAUGUGAUCAAGCAUUUAAGCAAAACUGGUUCUAAAGAUGAUGAAUAAAGGACUUUGGUACAAGGAAACUCCACCUUUUAAUACAGUGCAAUUUUGGGUCACCAUCUUUCUCUUUAAUAACUUUCAUAUUUGUUGAAGUAAACAUUUUAUAAAGCUCGAUUUCCUAACUUGCAGACCUAGUCACAUAAGUUUAUCUAGAGACUAUGUAGUCUUUGGGAGAAAACAAAAACAACAAACUUGCCUUAAAUGGAGGUUAGAAUGUGACAAACAUGUAGAGAGCAAAUGUGGUGAAGUGAAUACUCCUAUAUGCAGUGUUUAUUAAUUUAUAUUUUACUCUGUAGUAAAAUCCUGUUAUAGUGAACCCAAUGAUACUGUAAACAUUUUCUGGUGUUCUUAUUCCAAUUGAAGAAAAAAGCACUAUAACAGUGAUUGGUCACUUGACAGCAUAAUUCAUCAAAAUAAAUUAUUCCG